UCCGCGACGCCUUUAUGGUUUCCAUGGGGCUCUUGACAACAACUGCUGCAUUCCUGUCUGCCAGCUAGCUAGCUAAAGAUCGAUAAGGCGGCGUAACAGAUAUUUUGGAAAUGUAUCUUUAUCAUUUGUAAAUGGUUGUUUGCCAACAUCACCAUCAAGUCAAGUGAACUGGUCUUUAAGGGAUUCUAUACGGGCUGGCAAGCUAAGUUAGUCGACGACAGAAAGCUAACUUGCUGUUAGCUGCUUAAUCCAGGAAGGUAGAGGACGAAAAGCUAUUACAGCAAGCGAGUUUUCAAAAUUUCCAAGAUGAGUGAACAGUUGAAAUUCAUCGUUGAACAACUCAACAAAGACCCAUUCAAGAAAAACUUUAACCUCAUCACGUUUGACUCUCUCGAACCGAUGCAGCUGCUGCAGAUUUUAAAUGAUGUUCUGGCUGAAAUAGACCCAAAGCAAGCUAUAGAUAUACGUGAAGAAAUGCCUGAACAAACUGUAAAGAGAAUUUGUUCUCUCCUGGGGAUGUUGAAAUACCGGCCUCCUGGCAACCUCUCUGAUGUGAGCACCUUCAGACAGGGUCUGGUGACUGGCAGCAAACCUGUGGUCCACCCAAUCCUCCACUGGCUGCUACAGAGGGUCCCUGAACUGAAGAAGAGGGCUUACCUGGCUCGCUUUCUGUUCAAACUGGAGGUGCCUGCGGAGUUUCUCCAGGAUGAUGUCAUCAAUGACACCUACCACCAGUAUGAGGAGCUGGUGGAAGGGUUUAAGACAUAUCACAAGGAGUGUGAACAGCUGAGGUCCUCAGGCUUCUCCACAGCAGAAAUCCGAAGGGACAUUAGUGCAAUGGAGGAAGAGAAAGACCAACUAAUCAAACGUGUCGAGAGGCUGAAGAAGAGGGUGGAGUCAGUGUCCAACCAUCAACGGAUGCUGGAACAGGCCAGACAGCUGCGGGUGGAGAAGGAGAGAGAGGAGUCACUGACUCACCAGAAGCAAGAACAGAAGAACCAACUGUUCCAAGCAGAGCAGAGACUGCAGAGAUCACAGCAGCAGCUGAAGGAUUUGCAACAGGCAGCAGCAGAUGCCAAUCCGGAGAGCUUAAUGAAGAGGCUUGAGGAGGAGAUCAAGAUUAACUCCUACAUGGUCACUGAGAAACUCCCCAAAGAGCUGGAGAGUAUGAGUCGCACAGUGCAGUAUCUUCAGAAGGUGGCAUCAGAACCUGCCAUGGGCCAGGCUAAUCUCCAGGAACUGGAGGAAAAGAUUAAAGAAGUGGAUUCUCAGAUAAACCAGCUGAUUGAGAAGAGGAUGAUGAGAAAUGACCCCAUGGAUGACAAACUGACCCUUUACAGGCAACAGGCCUCCAUCAUCAUUCGAAGGAAGGAGUCAAAGGCAGAGGAACUUCAGGAAGCAAGGGAGGGGCUGGCUGUGUCAGAGAGGGAGCUAAGACAGAGGAUCAGCCAGGCACAAGCCUCAGAUGGGGAAGAGGUCAUCCGGGGUGAUGAGUUGAAACGUUUAGUGGUGAAAUUGCGGAGCAAGGGAACCGUGUACAAGAAGAAACGCCAGGACAUUGCUGAGCUGAAAGCAGAAUAUGGAGUCCUGCAACGUACAGAAGAGAUUCUCAAGCAGAGACAUGAGACUGUUCAACAGAAAUUGCAAACUGUGGAAGCUGAGAAGGGAAUCUCUGGCUACAGUGACACUCAGGAGGAACUGGAGCGAGUGUCUGCCAUCAAGAGCGAGCUAGACGAAAAGAAGGGCCGCAAACUGGAUGACAUGUCUGAAAUGGUGAAGAAAUUAAACUCUAUGAUAGUGGAGAAGAAGUCUGCUCUAGCUCCAAUUAUAAAAGAACUGAGGUCACUGAGACAGCACUGUCAGGAGCUAAGCCAGGAAUAUGAGGAAAAGAAGGUCCAAUAUGAAAGUUGUGCUGCUGGUCUGGAGAGCAACAGAUCUAAAUUGGAGCAGGAGGUGAAAGCAUUGAGGGAGGAGACUGCACAGGAGGAAAACCAAUAUCAUUAUUUUAACUCCAUGUCAGAGAUCACUGAGAUGCAAAUACAGCGGGCGAGUGAAGAGAUGAAGGCCUAUGUGUCCUCUGAUCCGCAAGAGAGGAAGAAGGCCAUCAGGGAGGUGUACAUGAAGAACAUUUCAGAACAGGAGUUACUUGGCAAGAAGUUACGUGAGAAACAGAAGAUGGUGAGGGAGAGCCACAGUGCCAACAUGGAGCAGAUGAAGAUGUGGCGUGACCUGGAGACUCUGAUGGAGUGCAAGAGGCAGUGCUUCAUACGAGCUCAGAGCCAGGCAUCUAUUGGUCAAGUCAUCCAGGAGGGAGGAGAGGAUAGGCUGGUGUUGUGAGGACAUGUGUAGGCAGAGUUCAGCUUAAUGUUCUAUACCCUUUUGUAACAUGUCUAAAACUUUCUACAAUAUGGAGUUGUUAAAUGUAAACUGUUUCUGGUCACUAUAGUAGAUUCAGAUAACAGGUAAAGGUUUGUUUCAUUGUGUUCAUGGGGUUCAUUUUUCCCUCCAUCUUGUCUGUUACACACUGCCAUCAAGUUUUGGUUGAUAGUUUAUCUUGUGUAACCAGUCCUUUCUGGUAAAGACAUGGUUUAAGAUGCUUUAUGAAUCCACAACUUAAAAAACACAUGUAUCAGGAGGUGAUGCAGGACAAGGGUUUUCACUUUCUCUGGCCAACUGGAGACUCCCAUUUAACACAUCUUUAAGAAUACACUUUGAAUCAAAGUGUCCAAAGAUAACGGCAUACAAAGUGGUGCACUUGGGAUGUGGCCGUGGUCCACUAUUUUCGGCAACGACAACCAUGACCUUGGAUGGAGUGUCUUGCCAAUUUUGGGAUUCACUGGGACCACCGUUUCUUUGGCUAGUGCAGAUGAAAUAGUCAUAAUAUUUUGCUUAAUUCCACUAUACAGUAGAUCAGAACAGACAUUAUUUUUCUGUAAUAGAUCCUUAUUUCAAGAUAACCUUUGACAUUUAAGACAUGGUUAGAUAUUUUGCUUGUCUGUGUAUAUCUAUUAAAUGUAUUUUCUACUGUAUUUUCUACUCAUUUUGACUCAUUUGUGUUUCAUUAUAAUCAUCUAAAAUGCAACUCUUUUAAAUAACAGCUGUCCAUCCAUAAAUUCC